UAUGCCUCUGCGCCUUUACGUUAGAUGAAAUUUUGAGAAUCGAAUUGGAUUUUACUGUCCGACAAUCUGUAGAGUUUAUCGGUAUCAAUUCUCUGGAAGCUGGUUCUAUCACACGAUGUCGUGUCAGAUACUGAAAGGAUAAGAAAGAAAGGGAAAAGAAAAGAGGAACAGAAAAGAAAAAUCAGUUCUCCUUCGAUCUUGCCAGGGCUAAAAGAGUUUAUAUCAAGAUCACUUUUCAAAGAUGGCAAGCCUAGGAUCCCAUAGCCUGCAUACCUUUGCAGAAGAUAACAAUUUGGCAGCUGUGAAAGCACUUCUCGAAAAAUGCAAAGAUAUAGAUGAAAGAAAUGAGAAUUGCCAGACUCCACUGAUGGUUGCAGCUGAGCAAGGGAACCUGGAGAUUGUCCAGGAAUUGCUAAUGAAAGGAGCAAACUGCAACCUAGAUGAUGCGGAUAAUUGGACUGCCCUCAUUUCAGCAUCCAAAGAAGGACAUGUGGAAAUUGUUCGGGAGCUUCUCGACUAUGGUGCUUACUUGGAGCACAGAGAUAUGGGAGGAUGGACUGCACUUAUGUGGGCAGCAUACAAAGGACGAACAGAGGUAGCAACAUUGCUCCUUGAAAAAGCAGCUAACCCCAAUAUUACAGGUUUGUACAGUGUUUAUCCAAUCAUUUGGGCUGCAGGCAGAGGACACAGUGAAGUAGUUCAGCUUUUACUAGAGCAUGAUGCCAAGGUCAACUGCUCUGACAAAUAUGGGACUACCCCACUUAUUUGGGCAGCAAGAAAAGGGCAUAUGGAAUGUGUAAAACAUCUUUUGGAAAGUGGAGCAGACGUUGAUCAAGCAGGCGCUAACUCGAUGACUGCCCUCAUUGUAGCAGUCCGAGGUGGUUAUACUGAAGUAGUAAAGGAAUUGCUGAAGAGGAACCCAAAUGUGAAUUUGACUGACAAAGAUGGGAACACUGCACUGACAAUCGCUGCGAAAGAAGGUCAUACUGAGAUAGUGCAAGAUCUGCUAGAUGCAGGAACUUACGUGAACAUUCCUGAUCGGAGUGGAGACACUGUUCUUAUCGGUGCUGUCAGAGGAGGCCAUGUUGAAAUUGUGAGAGCACUGCUACAAAAAUAUGCAGAUAUUGACAUUAGAGGUCAGGAUAACAAAACUGCUUUGUACUGGGCAGUCGAGAAGGGAAAUGCGACAAUGGUGAGAGAUAUUCUGCAAUGCAAUCCAGAUACAGAGCUCUGUUCCAAGGAUGGUGAAACUCCACUUAUCAAGGCCACUAAGAUGAGGAAUAUUGAAAUAGUAGAACUACUGUUGGAUAAAGGUGCCAAGGUGUCUGCUGUAGACAAGAAAGGAGAUACUCCACUUCAUAUUGCCAUUCGAGGCCGAAGCAGAAGAUUAGCUGAGCUGCUGUUAAGGAAUCCAAAGGAUGGACGCCUUCUUUAUAAGCCUAAUAAAGUGGGAGAAACUCCUUAUAAUAUUGACUGCAGCCACCAGAAGAGUAUUUUAACUCAGAUUUUUGGAGCAAGACACCUAUCUCCUACCGAGUCAGAUGGAGACAUGCUGGGGUAUGACUUGUACAGCAGUGCUCUUGCUGACAUACUGAGUGAGCCAACCAUGCAGCCACCAAUCUGUGUGGGUUUGUAUGCUCAGUGGGGAAGUGGAAAGUCUUUCCUGUUGAAGAAGCUUGAAGAUGAAAUGAAGACUUUUGCCGGCCAGCAGAUAGAGCCUUUGUUUCAAUUCUCUUGGUUAAUGGUAUUCCUUACCUUGUUGUUCUGCAGCGGAGUUGGAUUACUGCUUGCUUUCCUUGUUGAUGCAAAGCUGGGUAUAGCAGUUGGACUAAGUUUACUUGCCCUUCUCUACAUAUUCUUUACCGUCAUAUACUUUGGUGGUCGCCGGGAAGGAGAAAACUGGAACUGGGCUUGGGUACUCAGCACAAGACUGGCAAGGCAUAUUGGUUACCUUGAGCUGCUUCUGAAAUUAAUGUUUGUGAACCCUCCAGAACUUCCUGAACAGACAACCAAAGCUUUACCUGUUAGAUUUUUGUUUACAGAUUACAACAGGCUUUCUAGUGUUGGUGGAGAAACAUCUAUGGCAGAGAUGAUUGCAACCCUCUCUGAUGCCUGUGAAAGGGAGUUUGGUUUCUUAGCAACAAGGCUGUUUAGGGUCUUCAAAACUGAAGACACGCAAGGGAGAAAGAAAUGGAAGAAGACUUGCUGUCUACCUUCAUUUGUCAUAUUUAUUUUUAUUCUGGGCUGCAUUAUUGCUGGAAUUACCUUGUUGGCUAUUUUUAAGGUGGAUGCAAAGAACAUGACUGUGAAUGCUGUUCUGAUAUCGAUUGCUUGUGUUGUUGGUUUGGCAUUCAUCUUGAACUGUGUCACUUGGUGGCAAGUGAUGGACUCUGUCCUCAACUCGCAACGGAAACGCCUUCUAGGUGCUGCUUCUAAACUGCACAAGUUAAAGAGUGAAGGAUUUAUGAAGGUUCUGAAAUGCGAAGUGGAGUUAAUGGCCAGAAUGGCAAAGACGAUCGAUGGGUUUACUCAAAACCAGACACGACUUGUUGUCAUUAUAGAUGGGCUUGAUGCUUGUGAACAAGACAAAGUGCUACAGAUGCUUGAUACUGUUCGGAUCCUUUUUUCUAAAGGCCCUUUCAUUGCAAUAUUUGCCAGUGAUCCACACAUCAUUAUAAAAGCUAUCAACCAAAACCUGAACACUGUUUUGAGAGAUUCUAAUAUAAAUGGUCAUGAUUAUAUGCGCAACAUAGUCCACUUACCUGUUUUCCUCAACAGUCGUGGAUUUAGCAGUGCUAAGAAAAUAAGUGCGGCAGCAGCAGCUAAUGGCGAUGUUGGGUUUUCGGAAAGUGCAAGUGCACAUGAAGAUAUCGACAGGCGAGUUUCACAAAAUAGUCUUGGAGAGAUGACAAAACUUGGAAGCAAGACUGCUCUUAAUAGACGGGAUACGUACAGGAGGAGGCAAAUACACCGUCAGGUAACACGUCAGAUGUCAUUUGACCUGACCAAGUUGCUGGUAACAGAAGACUGGUUCAGUGAUAUUAGCCCUCAGACUAUGAGAAGGCUACUCAACAUUGUUUCUGUAACAGGUCGAUUGUUGAGAGCAAAUCAGAUUAGUUUUAAUUGGGAUCGACUUGCUUCAUGGAUAAAUCUUACGGAACAGUGGCCAUACAGAACUUCUUGGCUUAUCUUGUAUUUGGAAGAGACUGAAGGAGUUCAAGAUCAACUGACUCUGAAGACAAUAUACGAAAGGGUAUCCAAAAACAUACCAACCACUAAAGAUGUGGAACCACUACUGGAAAUUGAUGGUGAUAUCCGCAGCUUUGAAGUAUUUUUAUCGUCACGAACUCCAGUUCUUUGUGCUCGAGAUGUGAGACUGUUUCUCCCAUGUACUGUGAACUUAGAUCCAAAACUUCGAGAAAUUAUUGCAGAUGUCCGUGCUGCCAGGGAGCAAAUGAAUAUUGGAGGAAUUCCAUAUCCCACACUACCCUUGCAAGAGAGUGCCCCAAGAGCCGCAACUGUAUUCAGCCAGCCAUCAUCUGUCUGUUCUCCAACAGGUUCCUUUAAUGGUCCUUUCAGUGCAGGAGUGGUAACACCACAGCCUCACAGCAGCUAUUACAGUGGUAUGACAGGCCCUCAACAUCCAUUUUAUAAUCGGCCAUAUUUUGCCCCUCAUGUUUACAUGCCAAGGCUAUACUUUGGCAAUACACUUCAUCCCACCUCACGUUCAUCUGUAAAAAUGGGUUUAUCCAGAGAUCAGAGCAGUGGCCUACUUUGUAAAGCAGGGUUAUCCAAACAGAGGCAGGUACAUCACUCUUCUGUCGGUUCUGAUGCAUUUAAGCCAUCAUCUACUGCUGGUGCAGCAUCCACUGUAGUUCCUAUUAGUUCCAUGACUAUUGAAGGUGUAUGCGAAAGACUGAAACAAAUAGAAGGACUGGAUCAGAGUAUGCUGUCACAGUACUUGGCAACUGUCAAAAAGGCCAAUAUAAAUGGAUAUGUGCUUGCUCAGUGUAAUACAGAUGAACUGAAGAAAGAAAUGAAUAUGAACUUUGGGGACUGGCAGCUUUUUAAAACCAUGGUCCUGGAAAUGCGCAGCUUGGAUAGUCAGAUACCUCAAGAAGAUCCACGAACUGCUGUGGAGCCUAGCAAGAACACAAGUGUCCACAAUGAGCCAUCUCGACGUCAAGUACAGACUGUAGACCGGGUUGGUCAUUCAGAUGGGCCUGGUCUUUCUAAUCAAGUAGUCUAUGACCUCAGUUUCAGUUUUGAAGAAUUAAAUAAUCUUGGUCUUGAAGAUCCUCCACAAAACACCAAUGGCUGGCAGGCACUACCACAUAGAACACCAAGUCUUUCAAGUAUAAAUUCACAGGAAUCCACAGAAAUCUGUAGACUUACUGACAAGGUGCAAGCUGAAUACAGAAAUGCGUACAGAGAAUAUAUUGCCCAAAUGUCCCAACUGGAAGGAGGAAUUGGUUCCAAUACUAUAAGUGAGAGAUCUUCAUCACAUAACUCCAUGAAUGUCUUCAUGGGUCAAAGUACAUCAGUAGGAUCACUUCACAGUACAUUAGAGCAAGAAAAAGAAAGGGGAAGAGAUGCUGAACAAAAGCAUGAUGAUGGUAGAAAAUCAUUCCUGAAACGAGGGGGUGAUGUAGUUGAUUAUAGCUCUUCAGCUGUGUCUACUAGUGAUGCAUCUCCUCUGGAUCCCAUAACUGAAGAAGAAGAAAAAUCAGAUCAUAGUGGAACUAAACUUCUUUCUGGAAAAAAGUCUUCUGAGAGAACAAGUGUCUUCCAGGGAACUGAUAUGAAACUGAAAGGGGAUAGUGUACGUUAUCAGAAGCUCCCCAGUGAUGAAGAUGAGUCUGGUACAGAAGAGUCUGACAACACACCACUUCUCAAAGAUGGCAAAGACAAGAAAUCUGAUGGAAAAUUUGACAAGCAGUCCAAGUCUCCUGAACAUGCAUCUGAACCAGUGAGGUCUUCUGCAAAAGCAAAAGAAUACUUAACAGAUGCUAUCCUGGAUAAAAAAGAUUCUUCUGAUUCUGGAGUAAGAUCUAGUGAGAGUUCUCCAAAUCACUCUCUCCAUGAUGAAGUAGUAGAUGAUUCUCAGCUUGAGAAGGCCAACCUUAUUCAGCUUGAAGAUGAUGCUUUAUCUAGAAAGAGAGGUAUACCUCACAGCUUAAGUGGUCUUCAGGAUCCAAGUGUGGUCCGUAUGUCCAUCUGCUCUGAAGGUAAAAAGAGUCCAUCAGAGAGCAGCUUGAUAGCAAGCAGCCCUGAGGAAAACUGGCCAGCCUGUCAGAAAGUCUACAAUCUGAACAGAACACCUAGCACAGUGACUCUGAACAACAACAGCACUCCAUCCAAUAGAGCCAACCAAGAUCUGGCAGAAAAUGUAGGAGUUAAAAGUCAGAUUGAAAACACUACAUCUCAAGUAAUCAUUCAUUCAGCUUCAACUGGGGUACAAAAUGAAAAUCUGAGAGGACUUAAUGUUAAACAGGGGCAGCAUUCAACUUGCACUAGAGUUUCAAUUGAUGCUUCAGAGCUUCAUGGUGUUACUUCUGCUGACAGUGCAGGAUUUGUGGAGGAGAGAGAAAGCAUCCUUUAAAGCAGUAGCAUCCAUUUCAAAAGCAUAAGGUGAUAUACUGAAUCUGUUUCACUAGUUUAAAUGUUAUGUGUUGUAAAGUGCUGUAAAAUGUGUGUAGAAACAAUGGUAAUGUACAUAUGAUAGGUGCUGUAAACUGUUAAAUGAAGAAGUAAGACUAAGCUGUGCAUUGGUUGAAAUCUGACAAUAAGAAAAUCAUGUUCAGACCAAUAUGUGUAACUUUAUAUUUCAUUAUAACUGUCAGGUCAUUAUAAAGAGGAUAAGCAGAAUGACAUUCUUCUCUGCUUUCUACAUUCAUUGUGUUAACUCCAUAUGCUAAAUACUUGUAAAUGUUAAUUGUUUCAGCUAGUUUCAUAUGCAAGUAAGAUGUUAAAAGCUUUUUAAAAGCUUUAUUUGUUAUUGUAAUCAUAGUAGCCUAUCUGAGCAGUCACAGCAGAAUGUUUACAGGCUUGUUUUAAUGUAUACGUUGAUGAACAACAUCCUAGAAGAGUAAGAUCCAGUUAAAUGUUUAGGAACGUUUUUACAUCUCCAUAAUCAGUUUAAAACACACAGGUGCAGCAAAACUUCUGUACUCUAUUUAAUUCAGUGAUAGAUCUGGGAAACACAAAGCACUGUAGGUAUUACUGUGGAGCAGUUUCCUGUGUUGCACUCACCAUUUCAUCAAACUUAGACUAACUCAUUGUCACCUUAGAAAGUUGAUAGCAUUAAUUGAUUUAUGCAUUCAGGGAUUCUAAGUUUGUCCUGCCUUUCAGCUAAUAUCAUGCAGGCUGCCAUUCUGGUAACUUAAUUUUCACUACAUUGUAUUUUCUUGUAUAUCUGAUUUUGGUGUAGUCAAAGUAAGAAUGGGGUUUGUAUCUUACCAUCUUGCUGGUGUCUGUCUCAAGUUUAACAUUAUGACUGAAGAAGAAUUAAGAAUGGCGAGAUCUGGCUCUAAAUUUAAAUGUUCCACAGAAGGCAAAUUAAGAUUUGACUUGGGUCUUGUGUGUUUGGGUCUGUGGCCUUUACAAAGCAUAAGAGGCACCUUUGUUAAUCUGUAAUUCUUUGGGUUGUAUAGUAUAAUUUAUAAUGAUAAUUUCACUCUGCAUUCCUCCCUUUGGUUCCAGUGCAGUCUACAUAUUUUUUAUUCAUUUCUAUGACUUCACUUUUUUAAAAUAAGUUAUCAGUUGCUCUAAUUAAAGCUUCUCUCAUAAAUUUUUUGUAGUAUUGAACACUAAUUUGAUAGCCACAUUUCCAAGGAAUUUUCUUUGCUUUUGUCAUGGUGUUGCUACAUCUUGGUGGUCAGUCUUUUUGAAGUUUCCUGUAAGUGUUUUGCCUAAACAAAAUCAACACAACAAUAAUGUAUAUUCUUUUAACAACUUAGAUAACUCCCGUGCUCACUGAGUUUGAUACUUUUUUCUUUUGUUAACUAAAUCUAAACACACAGGUUUCUUUUCAUUCAUUAUGUUUUACCAGUUUAUAUCGGGUAAAAGAUGCCAAAGGUCUCACAUCUGCUGACUUGAGAAACAAGUGCAACAGGUGUUCAAGGUGGUGAUGUCUAAAUUGUUUUCUUCCUUGGUUAAAGGAUAGUUUAGUUUUAAAAGAAACUGAAACUAAAAUAUUGAGAUUUGUUUUAGUAGUGCACAUAAAAGCUGUUUUGUAUAACUGUCCUUUUCUGUUAUAUACAUCCUAAGUUGCUUUAGAUAGUUCUUUAGCAUUACAGUGAAGUAGAUAGGAUGACUUCAUAGAUUAGUACUAGGCUAACUGCACCUCUGGACCAUUUUAAGCCUAACCAGUUACGCCAUCUGAGAAUUAAACCAUAGCACCUUGUGUCCAGAAGGUAAAUACCUUAACCAUUAUGCCAACCUCCCACCUCUGUGAAUUUUCUUGAUAUUUGAGAGUUGCCCGAGUGCCUCAGUGGUGCUGUAAUAAUUCUUCAAUUAGGAUUUACAAGCAAGGGUUCUCAUUUGGACUGUCCAGUGUGAACAUUAGGAACAAUGUAUUUCUAAUUACAAAUGGAGAAGUUGAGCCUGCAUAAUGAUGGUAUCCUAAUUGCCGCUACAUUUUUUUUUCAUUGGAUUCAUGCUAGGUUGUAAGUCAUCUCAUCAACACGAGAUGUGGUGAGAUUCUUCAACUACAAAAUUAGAAAAAUAAUUUGUAUUUUAAUGUUACUUGGCCCCUGCCAAACUUCCCUCGCACACACAGACAUAUAGACUAUAUCUCAUAGGUGUUACAAAUGUGAGGGAACAGUGCCUGAUGAUGAUUGUCAUCCAUGGUAUGCCAUUCUUCUCCACUGGAACACACUUUGCUAGGGCAGUUCUUGCUUUGAAAAAAAAAAAAAAGUAUGUGGAAGAAUUUUGCAACACUGAAGUACUCGGCAAAAAUGGUAGGGUCAUUAUUUGUUCAAAAACUUUCCUGUCGAGGACCAGAGUAAAAAUAUAGCUCAUUUUCGUUUAAUUUGGUGUUUGUAGUCACUUUAGAGUUUUCAGUUUCUUUGUUGUUGCUGAUGAUUAAUUGUUGGAGUGCACAAGGAAAUCCUUGUCAUAAUCACUUGACAGCCCAUUUCUGAACCUUUGACUAUUCCACCACUGCACCAUUCUUUAUUUGAUGUUAUUUAGUACCUCUUGUACAUGUCUACUGGUUAUCAGCUUUGUUAACUUUCAUUCAGUGAUGAAUCACAGUAAACUUCUGGUAUUUUAACUGUAUCUUACUAACAUGAGCACCUGGAUGCACAACCUGUUUGGUUGUGUAUUCAUCUUUGAUUUCUUAAUUCUGCCCAUUAUUUUUGAUGACUCUGAGGCUAUACUGCACUCUCCAUCUUAGUGUGAAUGGGAAGAUUUCAGCAAAAUGGCCCAUUCAUUGUUAAUUUUUUCCCUGUAAAAAAUGUCUGGAAACUGACAUUCACUGAAUUGAUCAUUUGCCAAACUAAGAUUGUUUCCAUUGUUCAGAUUAAAAAGGUCAUAUGUACAGUGCUCAUCUUUCAGAAUUUUUAAUAUUCCUUUUUAAUUGAUGGGUAGUGGAUGGGGAAGAUAUUUUGUACCACCUCUUUAGCACUACUCCCCUGUACCAAUCUCAGUAACUAAUAGAUUUUUCUGCAUUUGUUCUGCAUGAUUAAGGUAAUUUUGAUAAAACUUGGAGCCUAAGAAUGUUUCCUGUUAUUUCAUUUCUGUAAUGACAUUGAAAGCAAGUAAUAUAUUUUCAGAUAAAACUAAAAUAUGCCAGAUGAAAUGAGUAUGACACAUUUAUUAGUCCAAUUUUGUGUGUUAUUUUCUGCUUAUUAAUAAUGCACAAACUGAACAAGGCAAGUGGCCCUAUCUGCUGUCAGUUGUUGCUUUGUAACUUUCAGUUUGCCUGCAGUGGAGGAGUGGCUCCAGCCAUCCAUUUUCUUUCCUUGCUUCCGUCCACUUCAGGGUCUUGGAGGCUGGAGCCUGUCCCAGCAAGAUGUGGGAACAAGGCAGAGACAAGGCUUGGAUGGCUUGCCAGUGUAAUCAAAUCACACAGCACAGGCACACCCCUAAGACAUUUUAGUAUUGCUAGUCACUACCCUUAGCUGAGCAACUGUAUUUCCCACCUUCAUCCCAAAAAGGGAAAAUGAUGGUCUUCUGAAUUGCUACAGAGGGGUGUAUGUGUGCUGUCAUGCAUGUGCUUGUGUGUAAAGUCCAGAAUUGCUUUCUCCUUUACACUUGAUGUUUACUGGGAUAAAAUCAUGCUUCAAAAAAGACGACAAGCUAACCUUAGAAACAAACACCAAACUGAAGAAAUCCAAAGCUCUCGUUCUUAGUAUUUCAAAACUUUAAUCCAACACACAACUCUUUAAAAUGUUAAAAACAUUAAGAUCACCAGUAAAUUGAUAAGUGCUUUCGUUUUGUACUAUGCCAAAUAUGAUAAAGUUUUGAAAUACCCGGAACAAGAGCCUUGGUUGUCUUCAGUUUGGUGUUCAUUUCUAAAACUGUGCUUCCCUUUCCCACAACUUCAAACAGGAUAAAAUUGAAUGGAAGAUGUAAAGGUUUAAUAUGCAAAGAACCAGGCCUUCCAGACAUUAAAACAUGUUCCUUAAUAUAACUCACUGUUUUUUUUUUCUUUCUUGUAGUUUGAAUUUUGUGUAAAUGUGUUCUUAUUUCUUUUUUGCCACUUGCCUUGCCUGACCACCUUCUGUCUCCAGCAACUGAUCGGUGCUUGUAUCCUCUGUUUGCUUAGCUGUAGUACUCCAAAUUACCUCAGAAAGGGGAUGUGUUCUCUCUCUCUCUUCAGAAUCACUUUCUCAAAAGCUCUGUAUUUUGUGGCAUGUAGGAAGGGGCAAGAGCCAGCCCUGAUAAGCCAUCAUCCUGGCUGGCUUUGGAUCUGAGAUUUUUUUCCUCUGCUUGUUCCCUUCCCCUGACAACUGGUAAGUUUUCUUCAAAACCAGAUCCUACAGUACUGGGCUAUGUUUGCAUAUUUUCACACACACUCUUGCUGUAAUGAGCACUUAGUAGUCUUUUCCAGCUGGUUGAAAUUAGCCUGCUUGAGGCAUCACUCAAACAGCAGGACCUAGCCUGACCUGCCUUCUGCAUUAUGAGUGAGUGGAUGUUUGGCCCACUCGGUCCUACACUUGUCAGUGGGUUGCUUCUAGCACCAAAACUCACUGAGUGGCCUUGGGUCAUUGGUACUCUGAGAACAGUACUGUGACUUUGUGUGGUUUGAAAGUUUUGUUUUGCUCAUGAGAUUACUGUUACAGUAUGGACCUAAAAUCCCACUAUGAGUAUGUAAUAUAGCAAGCUGUUAGCAGUUUAUGACAAUAUUUAUGUGUUCUUUGCUGCCUAUUUGGUAACUCCCCCUUCAGACAUUCACCUCAUUUACUGAGGAAGCAUUCAGUGUUCAACCGAAGAAAUAUUUGCAAUGCUACUGUCAUUCACACAUGCAGUAACAGUUAGGCAAAUGAUUUUGUAACAUGUAUUCCUCUUACUUCAGCAGCAGAAUCCUUGUGAAGUAGGAUAAAAAGGCGUUACUCUUAGCAGUAUAAGAUAAAGUGGAAAUCAUGCAGGUUUCUUGGCAAUUUGGGCAGGAGUGACUUGGAUAUGUAAUUCUGUAUUGAAGUACUGUGCCCAAUUUGGUAAAUUGGUUUUGUUUGAUAGUGGUACCUCUGUGUCUUUGUAUGGACUUGUAAUUUUAGAAAUUUGCUUUUCUGACACCGGCAAGCAGCAGAUGCUGUUCUAGGAUGCCCAUAAAUAAAUUAAUAAAACAGAUGAAUUAAGUUUUAAACAGCAGUUACUGAUUGUAAUGUACCACAGAAACAUGGUUGACGUUUUAAAAUCCCAGUUUUGUUGUAUAUAAAAAUUUCCUCUAAAAACAGUUUCAUUUAAUUUUUCACUUCAGUCAGUAAUCACAAUUGGUCAGAUUUUACUUUUGGCAUUCUUUACUGGUUCAGUUAUACAUUUUAAAAGAUGUCUGAACAGAGACAAGUAGAGUUUGAUUUAUUUGUCCUCAUAAAUUGAAUGCAGUAACUUGAGCUAGUCCAGUAGCAGCUUGUUAAUGUCUUACUAUGACUUAAUUUAGGGUGUACAAUAGAUUUAAACCAUUGGAGAUGUUAUUGGAUAGAAGGCUUAGACAUGCUUUUGACUGCACCCCUUUCCCUUUGGAAAAGUAGACAGUUAUAUUGCAUGACAGACCUGUCCUAGGGCUAAUAUUUUAGAUGUUUCAGACACUGAAGCACACUUGGAGAUAAUAGCUGCUGAUAUUCAUACCAUUGAUAUGGUUGCAUGCCACACGUCCUCACUGAUCAGAGAUUUAAAGCCAGUGUAAUUACCAGAAUGAUUCUUUCACUCUGUGUCCCGGUUCCGGUGUUCAUCUGCCCCCAAUUGCAUCUUGGAGGUAAGCUGGGGGUAGCAGUGCAAAUGGAUUGUUCUUUCCAGUUGUAUUUUUCCAUCUUUGUGAUUGGUAGACAGUGCCUAGCUUCACUGGGUUGAUUAAGGAAGCAGGAAUAUUAAGAAAAUAAAUCCUAAUGGACGGCGCACUGAUGCAGCAGUAGUGUUGUCGCCUCACAGCAAGAGGUUCUCCGGUUCGAUUCUCGGCUGGGGUGCCUUCUGUGUGGAGCCUGCAUGUCCUUCCUGCAUUCU